AUGGGACUGCGUGAUAUAAACAACUCCCCGGGAGGUGUGCUGAAGCCUCAGUUUGUCACGAGGGCCAACAACCACAAAGUGUCCGCCCAAGCCAUUGAGAACCAACCUGCAACGGAGGAAAAUGUCACCACACCGCACCCCAUUUCGUUUUUUCUGGCCUUUGCUGGAGGUAACUACCCUCGGUCCUCCAACUACAGUGGGCCUGCCAGUACCGGCUACAGCGGCCCCGGCCCCGGCAUGACCAACAGUCUGGGAAUGAAUGCUAGCAGCCCCAUGCACGGCCAGGGGCCCGGCCAGCCCAUACCUGUGGGACGCAGCCAUGGCGCAGGCAGCCAGAACAGGGUGUACCCACCCAUGGCCCCCAGCUCCCCCGGCAUGCCCCAGCCAGCUGGGCCCGGGAUGGGCCCUCCCUCUUUGGGUAGCUCUAACCGCAAGGCCCAGGAGGCAGCAGCAGCUGCCAUGCCGGGAUCUGCCAACUCGACACACAACAGGCGGCCUCCUUACGCGAGGUCCCAAGCCCAGAUGCAGCCACGUCAUCCCACCUCCACCCACUGGCCUGCACCCUACCCCACCUCCACCUGUCCACCACCUUCCCCUCCACUCAGACCUCACCAUCCACCCAUCCUGCAACCCUCACAUUCACAGCACCAUAGGCAGGGCAGCUAUCAGGGCCAGGGCAUCAGCCAGGCCAGCACCAUGGCUACGACUGUGCCCUACAGCCAGCCAACGGGGAACAACAGCUCCGCCAUGGGCAACGCACAAGCUCCAGCAUACAACAUGCCACCUUCAGGAGACAUGGGAAUGUCGGGAGACGGGAUGAUGAGCCCUGAUGUGAAAGCGAAGGCGGACGUAAAAGACGACAGCGUUCCCGCCAACGAGCCUCACAAACCAAAGCAGCUACAGGACGGCUACAGCAACAGCAGCAGCUCCCAGCAGUGUGUGUCGCAGCCCACCACGCCAGGGGGUGCGCUGCCCGUGCCCUCCCCCCUCUCCCCCAGCCCAGCCAGCCUGUCCUCCUACCACGGAGACGACAGUGACAGCAUCAGCAGCCCCCCCUGGCCCCUCAAAACCCCCUCCAGCCCCAAACCCAACCCCAACUCCUCCUCUCUCAGUGGGGAGCGAAUCACACGGCUCUUUGAUCUUGGUGUGGAGCCGGAGAGGCGGGGCUGGGUGGAGCGAUACCUGACCUUCAUGGAGGAGAGGGGCACGCCUGUUGCUCAGCUUCCCACUGUGGGCAAGAAGCCCCUGGACCUGUGGAAGCUCUACAUAGCUGUUCGUGAGAUAGGAGGCCUCGCCAUGGUAAACAAGAACAAGAAGUGGCGCGAGCUGUCCUCCACCCUGAACGUGGGCACAUCCAGCACCUCCGCCAGCUCUCUGAAGAAGCAGUACAUCCAGUUCCUGUUUGCCUACGAGUGUAAGAUGGAGCGGGGGGAGGAGCCGCCGGCAGACAGCAGCACCAUGGCCGGGGGGGACAGCAGGAAGCAGGUCAAGAUCCAGCCCCCCUCACCUGCGAAUUCAGGCGGCUCACUCCAAGGCCCGCAGACGCCUCAGUCCUCCGGCAGCAGCUCUACAGCGGAGGCAGCGGGAGAUCUGAAACCCCCCACCCCUGCCACCACCCCUCUGGGACAAGUCACACCUCUGCCCCCCAACAGGAGCAGUGUGAGCGUACAGGAUCCCUUCUCGGAGGUGAGCGACCCUGCCUUCCAGAAGCGUGUUACCCCCCUGCCCCCCUCAGCUCCCUACCAGCAGGGCCUCAGCAUGCCUGACAUGAUGAUGAGGAUGCAGUACGACACCAAGGACCCCUUCGCCGGGAUGAGGAAGAUGGCAGGAGCUGACCCCUACAUUCCGGGUCAGAUGCCGAGUGGAGGCAUGCAGGACAUGUAUGGUCGCCCCCCGUCGGCGCUGAGCAUGAGCCAGCGCUCGCAAUACCCGUACGGGCCGGGCUACGACAGGAGACCGGACCAUGUCAUGGGGAUGGAGGGGAACAUGGGUCCCCCUGGGAGUCAGAACAACAUGGGACCUUCCAACAGUGAGGGCAGCAUGUACUCUCCCAGCAGAUACCCUUCACAGCAGAGACACGAUGGCUACAGUCAGCAGUAUCCCAGCAUGCCAUACGGGAUGCAUCCAUCUGGGAUGUACCCACAGCAACAGCAGGGCUACAAACGGCCAAUGGAUGGCAUGUACGGUCCCCCCCCCAAGAGACACGAGAGCGACAUGUACGCCAUGCAGUACGCCAACCAGCAGCCGGACAUGUACAACCACUACGGCGGGGGGUACUCCGGCCCCGAUCACAGACCCUUACAGGGACAGUUCCCCUACCCUUACCCCCGCGACCGCAUGGGCCCCUCAGGUCAGAGCCAGCACAGCAUGAUGGGUGGGGGGCCACCUCCUAACCAUGCGGCCGAUGGCCCCAACAUGUGGCCCUCCAGAACAGACCUGGGCUAUCCUUACCCCAACAGACAGGGGCCACCGUCACAAAUGCCCCCCUACAUGGGUAGAGAGGACAUGGAGGGGCGCCCGGGACAGGAGCAGUGGCACCGUCAGUCCCCUUACAUGUCAUCAUCGGGGGGCAUGAUGCCCCUGACCUCACGCCAGCCAUCUUCUUACUCUAACUCUCCCUCCAUGCUCAACCACCUGCCCAGGGCCCCCAGCCCGGGGGCCUUCCAGCGCUCCAUGGACCCCAGGAUGUCUCCGGGCAAGGCUCCGUUCAUGUCAGCCAUGAAGAUGACGAAGCCUGGGAUGAGCAUGAUGGGCCCACAGGGGCCCCUCGGUCACUACCCCCCCAACCUGAGGCGGGACCUCAACUACCCCCCAGGAUCAGUGGAGGCCACCAUGCCCCUCCUCAAGCCCCGACGCAGGCUCACCUCCAAGGACACCGGAACACCGGAGGCCUGGCGCGUGAUGAUGUCUUUAAAGUCCGGCCUGCUGGCGGAGAGCACCUGGGCGCUGGACACCAUCAACAUCCUGCUGUACGACGACAGCACUGUGGGCUCCUUUAACCUCUCCCAGCUGCCUGGAUUCCUAGAGCUGAUUGUGGAGUACUUCCGCCGUUACCUGAUCGAGAUCUUUGGCAUCCUGGAAGAGUUUGAGGUGGGGGCCGUGGCUCAGAAAAUAAUUUUGGACCCUGCUGCUGACCAGAAAGAAGAAGCGCCCGCUGACCAGGAAACAGAGUGUAGUGCUCAACCUGAACCUCACGCAGCUCCGGGAGCAGAGGUGGAGAAAGCGGCGGCCAUAGUGGAAAAAACUCCACCAGACAAUGCAGAGCCAGCCGAGGUGAACGGUGAGACAGAGGUUAGCGUCAAGAAAGAAGAGGACGGAGGGAAAGAGGUGGAGGCAGAGAGUGGAAAAGCAGUAGAGAGUAAAAAGGAGAGCGCCGAGACGGAGCCUAAACCCAAACAAGCCAGUAAAUACGACCGUCUCCCCAUCAAGAUCGUCCACAAGGAGGAGCUGACGGAGGACAUGAUGGAGCACUUAGGCUACGUCACAGAGUUCACCAGCGGGUUGCUCCACUGGCAGGCAGGCGGGGGGGAUUCCACAGCACACAUUCAAACACAAUUUGAACCCCGGAGCGAACCACCUGCCCGGGCGGAGGGAAAGACAAACAAAGAGGAAGAAAACAGAGAGGAUGAUGGAAAGAAACAUUUCACCGCGACAAUUGACGAUGUUCUGUGUGCUCGGGUCGACGCCCUCUCCUACGCCCACCCCGCCCGCUCCCUGCCCUCCUACCCUUUCAGGGUGCACGAGGACGGCGAGCAGGACCACAUCACCCUGCUGGAGGACGAGCCGCGCUGCCGGGACGAGGCUCCGCUCUCCACCUCCUCUGCCGGGCAGGAUGCGCUGGCCAAGCGUUGCCUCUGUGUCUCCAACAUCGUGCGCAGCCUGUCCUUCAUCCCCGGGAAUGAUUUGGACAUGUCCCGCCACCCCGCGCUGGUCCUCCUCCUGGGCAAGCUGCUCCUGCUGCACCACCAGCACCCGGAGAGGAACAGGUCGCCACCCGGCUACCGGAGGGACGAGCUGCAGGAGCAGGGGUCCUCCAGCAGCGAGGGGGAGUGGUGGUGGGAGUGUCUGGGUCUGCUCAGGGAGAACGCCAUGGUCACUCUGGCCAACAUCUCGGGCCAGCUGGAUCUCUCCACCUACCCGGACACCAUCUGCCUCCCCAUCCUGGACGGCCUACUCCACUGGAUGGUGUGCCCCUCGGCAGAAGCCCAGGACCCCUUCCCUUCAGCAACAGCCCACUCCCAGCUCACCUCCCAGAGGCUGGUGCUGGAGUGCCUCUGCAAGCUCAGCAUCCAGGGCGGCAACAUCGACCUCCUGCUGGCCACGCCCCCUUUCAGCCGCCAAGAGAAACUCUUCACCGUGCUGCUGCGCUACAUCGCUCAGAGGAAGGCGCAGGUGUACCGGGAGAUGGCCGUGGCUUUGCUCUCCCACCUGGCACAGGGAGACCCCACGGCGGCGUGCGCCAUCACCAUGCAGAAAGGCAGCGUGGGUAAUUUUGUAGGCUUCUUGGAGGACGGCGUCAGCAUGGUGCAGUACCAGCAGAACCCUCACAGCCUGCUGCACAUGGGGCAGCCCCCCAUGGACCCGCCCAGCAUCAACAUGAUGUGCCGAGCGGCUAAGGGCCUGCUGGCCAUGGCCAAAGUGGCGGAGAACAAGACAGAGUUUGUGCUGUACGAGAGCCGAUUAUUAGACAUGUCCAUUUCCUCCGUGCUCAACGCAGGGGUGGUGGCUAUCAUUUGCCAAGUUCUCUUCCACUUAGGGAAAUUGUGACAAGAGGAGAGGCAGGACUCACCCGGCAGAUGCUAACACACUCCUGUGGUUUUCUAUUUUUAUUUAUCAAAAUGACAGAAAAUGUUUGUUUUUCUAAAAAAGAAAUAUCCACAUAAACAAAA